UUUAUUCUCCUCAGGUUUAGCAGCAGAUUGCGUUCAGCUCCCGAUAAACAUUCUUAUUUAUCCCGUUUUAGGCAAAUGUUCCCUGAUUUUCUGCCGUGGCCCAAUUUUAAAUACAGAAAUAAGCUAAGCGAGAAACUGGAACGAUUGGACAUGCUUCGCAGACGUCAGAAGAUCAACAUUCCGGAAUUUUACGUCGGCUCUAUCUUGCGCGUAACAACUUCUGAUCCUUAUGCACCUCGGCGAGUGAAUACGUUUGUGGGUAUUUGUAUACAAAGAGAUGAAGUAGGCCUGAGACAUUAUUUCACUCUACGAAACUACAUAGAUGGAGAAGUAAAAUACGAAAUGUAUAGCCCGCUUAUCCAAAAAAUUGAAGUUCUGAAACUAGAAAAACGUUUGGAUGAUGAACUGCUUUAUUUGCGCGAUUGUCCCCCUGAAUAUUCAGCGGUGCCUUUGAACAUGGAUCCUGUUCCCUGCCCAGUAGGCACUGUUCCACUUAAUACGGCGAAGGUAAAACUCAAGUUUCCCCCUUGGAACAAAAGAUGGGAACUUCGUGAUGUGAAGGGAAUUGAAGAGUUUUGGAAUUUGGUGACGCCAUAUUACAAGAAACUUUUUGAGCACCACAGAAAGUACGACAUCGUAGAUCAGUACCGCAAAAGCAUUCCGCUUGAGGAUCUGCAAGAAAUCGUUGAGGAUAUCAAGGAAUUUGAAAAACAUAUUAAAAUCGAGCCACGAAGCCGUCAUGUGCCCAUUUCCACUUUACUUGUAGCUGCCGCAAGAAAAGCCAAACACACUUAG